AAAAUAAAUAUUAAAAAAAUGGUGUAGUUGUUAAGAGUAAGAUAAAUUAAAGAAAUUAAAGAUGAGAAAAAUCGAAAGUUAACUUGGUCUUUAUAUUAUCUAGAAGACUCACCCCAAGAAAAAAAAAAUUGUUGACCUUGAAAUACUACACAUUACUCUCUAUAUAAACCAAAGAGCAAAAUCACAUAAUUUGUACAACCCAAAACCAAAUAACCAUGGCUCACCCUAUCUGUUUCCUCUCCUUGCUCCUAAUACUAGCCGCAGCGACCCUUCGUGGCACCCAUGCAGUCGACUACGUCGUCACCAACAACGCUGGAACAAGCCCUGGGGGCGUCCGCUUCAACAACGACAUCGGAGCUGAGUACAGCAGGCAAACUCUGAUAUCCGCCGCCGACUUCAUCUGGAGGGUAUUCCAGCAAAACGCAGCCGCAGAUAGGAAGAGCGUGGACAAAGUCAGCUUGAUCGUUGAAAACAUGGACGGCGUCGCAUUUGCUAGGAACAAUGAGAUCCACGUCAGCGCCGGCUACAUAGCUGGCUACGCAGGCGAUGUGAAGAAGGAGAUCACCGGUGUGCUUUAUCACGAGUCAACGCACGUGUGGCAAUGGAAUGGGAACGAUCAAGCCCCAGGGGGUUUGAUUGAAGGCAUUGCUGAUUACGUGAGGCUCAAAGCAGGGUUUGCGCCAGGCCAUUGGGUUCAGCCAGGUCAGGGGAACAAGUGGGACCAGGGGUAUGAUGUCACUGCUAGGUUUUUGGACUAUUUGAAUGGCCUGAGAAAUGGGUUUGUGGCAGAAUUGAAUAAGAAAUUGAGGAGUGGUUAUAGUCCUAAUUAUUUUGUUGAUUUGCUGGGGAAGAACGUUGAUCAGCUCUGGACUGAGUACAAGGCCAAGUAUGGAAACUAAAUAACAUUAAGGGCGUGCAGGCCAAGGGCUGAUUUAAAUGAAUAAAUUGUUGUACUAUUAAUAAAUAAAUUGUCUUAAUAAGAAUCUACGUGUAUGUUCACGAUUUAUAUAUUGUCAAAUUAUCAAUCUAAAUUACGUACAAAAUUAAAUAA